GAAUGAACCUCCAGACCUUUGCCUACGUGUUUAUCGACUUCAAAUGGGGGAUUGGGGGCUGUGCACGGCCAAUUACCUCUACCGAUCAUCAACGAACGAUAAGGAUUGCAUUGUGUUAAUUAUAUUUCAAUUUCUGUGGCCAAAACUUAUCUGGGGUGAUUAUGAUGUAUUACGGUCGCUGAACCACUCCACACAAUGUAUACAGACAAUGUGUAGUGAUUAAGUGUGUGGAGAGGCUAUGCAUACUGUGUACGUGCAUCGCCCGCUCCCACAUAACCAGCAUCAUCAUGUGGACCUCUCUCGUCUUCUCUCUUCUUUACCUCCAGAGUGUGAUUGUUGCCCAGGACAGCAGAUGUUACCGCCUGAAUGGUAAUGGGAGGAAUAUGGUUGUGUUCGAGAACCAGGAGGACAUAUCUGUUAGGUUUCGGUACAAAUUAACGUUUAACACGCUGAGGGCUAACGAGUUAUUAUACUAUGUGGAGGGAACCUACACUGAGCACAAGCCACACGACUAUGAGAGCUUAUUCAUUUCAAACGGCAUCCUCCAUUUUUUCGCCUUUAAUCCCGCACCCUACGGGGCUGGACAGUCGUUUGGUAGCCACGUCCAGACAAACUUCACCGUCAACAACGGAACCUGGGUUGAGGUGGAGUUUUUCCGGAACUAUGAGCGUCAGAUAGAAGUGAAUGGACAUGAAGUGAAUCAGACCGUCACGGGGAUGAGUGUGGGUGGACAUGAUUUUGUAGUGACAGGGACGAGAACAAGCAUGGAUCUUACUAAGUAUCUUUGGCUCGGCGGGCACCCCGACAUGAACAGACUGAGCACAAGAUUGACCACGUUUGAUGGAGAAAUCAAAGACUUCUACGACCUGAAUAGGAACCGUGAAUUUAAUAAUGAGUUGGACAGCUCGAUUUUCAACCGUGAAGCAAUUUGUAUCGAUAUUUGAAAUGUUCAAAUAUGUCAUUUAAUAUACAAUAUGCACUUUUAUAAAGUGGAAUUUUAUCCAUGUAUAAAUAUAAUGGCUCUUUAAAUGUUGGCAAAAACAAUUUUAUCUCGUUCGUCUCCAUCACAUUUCACCCUCUGUUAUCUCAUGCUUCACAAAUUUUGUAUGCUUAAUACAUUGUUAUAAAUGCUCUCCCUGUAGCGUCGCUAGGCAAAAGUAUUUUACAAGACCCUUUCACAUAGCGUUUCCGGAUUACAGCAUUCUUACAAGGAUCCUCCUCCCCUAGCCCCUCUUGGCAAAAGUAUUUAUGUAAUAACCCUUUCCCAAGCGUAUCUAAACACUAGUAUCUUUACUUGAACUCCCCAAUACGUCUCCGUGCAAUAGUGUUUUUCGAGGCCAAUCUCUAAGCAACACUGUUUUACAAGGACCAUCAUAGUAGCAUUAAUAGUAUUUUUUUCAAAAAAAAAAAAAAAAAAGAAAAGAAAGAACAACCCUCUGAAGCGUCUCGAAAUAACAGUGUUUUUACAAGAACCAUUUCCACAUCGUUUCUAGGCAACAAAUACCUCCCAAUAGCGUCUCUAGACCAUAGCAAUUUGUACAAGGACCUCCCAACAGUGUCUCGAUACAUCAUUAUUUCUACAAUACUCAUCUCCAUAGCGUCUCUAAGCAACCAUUUUUUAUAAGGAACAUUAUCGUAGCGUCUCUAGGCAGCAGUUUUUAUUACAAAGACCUCCCCUAGUGUCUCUAUGCAACAGUAUUUUUACAAGAACCCUCCUCACAGCCUCUCCAAACAACGGUAACAUCUCGGUAAUUUAGAAUCUCCUGGCUAUUGUAGUAAUUGCACAUGUAUGUAGUCUUCAAUCUGUCGUCAGAAAUAUUUUUAUAUCUUACACAGAAUUCGAUAACCUACAUAUUUUUAUAUCCAUUUUAGCAAACGCAUCUCUUUCGUGCAUUAUUUUGUAAUUAAAUUUCUUGCUUUGUAUACAGAUGCCUUAAAUACAAUUGAUACAGUUAAAGUUACUAAAUAAAUGUUAUGAAAUA